CAUCAGUCUCUCAACCAUUAAUCAUUAGGUCUCUCGUCAUGCUCCAGUCGGAGUCAUCAUCUAGCUCAGAGAGCAAUUCAAGAUAUCGCGCUCAAAGCCCCAGUCCUGGCUGCGAAUCGAGUUCCCGAAAACGACAGCGACACAGUCGACAAGCCAGUACCCCAAAUCGGCAUCAGAUACGCAGCCAGUUGUCUGUUCUUGGAGUGGGGAGAACGACAGGAGUACGUGCUAGUGGACGGAAGACGCAACCGAGUAUUCGGAGACGAAGAAGUCAAUGGAGCUACGAAACAGCGACGAAGAGAUUCUUCCUUCAAUCACGUAAAUAAUACCGUGUUGACACCUUUACGCAACCUGUUUUAAGAGAGGAUUGGCCCGACGUAGUUGCUUCUGGGCUGAGAAGAACUAGGCUUGUUAAGAGAGCUGGCUUCACCGCCUUCAUGGGGAAGUAUUUAUGGGUCUGGAAAGUUUGGUCCAAUCAGAUGCUAUAAAAGCUGGAGCGUCCCUAAGGCAGAUGCGCCCCUAUCAAUUCUUGAUGCGUCCCUAUCAAUUGCCUUAAUUUGAUAAUAAAAUUAGAAAACAAUUAUUUUUA